GGCGCGGCCUUGACGCUCCGUAUAGCCUAACAGGGAUUAACCGCGUGGUGCACGAGUUCUGCGCGGUGGAGCUACAAUUGGACUGGAAUUGACCUGCAACCGCCUAAGUUGGAGGUCAACUAAGGAGGAUUUCUAGGAUAUCAACAAUUGUGAGCUGAUCAGGGAACCCGGGCGCUCAGCAUGUCGUACGAGGUGGAGGAUGACUACAGCCGCUCCUACACCGGCUCGUACCCCAAGGACUUCUACGGUCCGGACGAGGAGGGCGACAUCAAUGGUGCUGUGGAGAUGAAGCCCAAAAUCCUGCUGAUGGGGCUCAGGAGGAGUGGCAAGUCGUCCAUCCAGCGAGUAGUAUUCCACAAGAUGUCGCCGGCCGAGACGCUCUUCCUCGAGUCGACCAACAAGAUAGUCAAGGACGACGUUCCGCACUCGUCGUUCGUCCAGUUCCAGGUGUGGGACUUCCCGGGCCAGAUCGACUUCUUCGACAGCACCUACGACACGGAGCUCAUCUUCAGCGGCUGCGGUGCGCUGCUCUUCGUCAUUGACGCCCAGGACGGUUACGCGGAGGCACUGAACAAGCUUCAGCAGACGGUGAUCCAGGCAUACAAGGUGAACCCCAACAUCAAGUUCGAGGUGUUCAUUCACAAGGUGGACGGCCUGUCGGACGACCAGCGGAUCGACAUCCAGCGCGACAUCCAUCAGCGCGCGCACGACGACCUCCUGGAUGCCAGUAUGGACAACAUUCACCUCAGCAUAUACCUCACGUCCAUUUAUGACCACAGCAUAUUUGAGGCCUUCAGCAAGGUGGUCCAGAAGUUGAUACCGGAGCUGCCUACACUGGAGAACUUGAUGGAUAUUUUCAUUUCGAACUCGGGCACGGAGAAGGCCUUCCUGUUCGACGUCAUCUCCAAGAUCUACAUCGCCACCGAUUCGUCGCCGGUGGAUAUGCAGUCCUACGAGUUGUGCUGCGACAUGAUCGACGUCGUCAUCGACCUCUCCUGCAUAUACGGGCUCAAGGGCGACAACGACGGUGGCUUUGACCAGCGCAGCUCCAGCAUCAUCCGACUCAACAAUUCGACCGUGCUCUAUCUGCGAGAGGUCAACCGCUUCCUGGCGCUUGUCUGUAUCGUGCGAGAGGACAACUUCCGCAAGCAAGGGCUGAUCGACUACAACUUCACCUGCUUCCGCAAGAGUAUCCAGAAGAUCUUUGAGCUGCGCUCGCGGCGCGGUCGCCUCUCGACGCUGCCCCCGAUCGGCGCGGAGCCGGACGGAGGCGUGGUGGACGUGUGAGCGGCGCGGCCCGGCCGCCACCGGCGCCAGCUCGGGCACGCGCGGCCACUCUGCUAACGCGAUAGUACUCUGCGCGCCGCCUCUGCGUACGGACGCACGCCGGUGUACCCAGACGAUCGCCUUGUAUAGGGGCGGUCGUUCCGCUGCGUCUGUGUUGACGCACUGGAGCAUGACGCGGUUAUGUGCGGAGCCUGGACCGUAUGACAGACUCUUGAAGAUGUACAUGUAGCCGACUUGUAGGCCCGUGUUAUGCGUAUGCCAUGUCCUUGGGGGCUGUACAGGUUCCGUAUGCCAUGGUUAUAAUUUUUCUGAGAGAAUAUUUAUUGUCAGGUGAACCUGGCAGUGCUAUGAUGCUCACCCUCCCCCUGUCGUUCGGAUGUUUGGAGGCAUGUUCGUGAGUUGAAAACAUGCUACGCGGGGUGCUUGUGGCAUGGGGAAUGUAAGCUCGGCUGUUGAUGUAUACUAUGGGCGUCAUAUGACACGAUGCGAUUCAUACCCGAGUUUGUAACUGGAACAACCGAUUUACACCACGUUUGUGUGUGUUUGUGUGACCAGGGGCGUGACCCCAGUGGGUAACUAGCCAUCUGUCGGCGGGACGCGGCCCUCCGUUCGCCAGCGAAUUUCACCUGACUGGCGGGACAGCCCACCUUCCCUAUGCUCGGACGAGUGGGACGCCUGUCCCACGUCCGUAACAGGAGCUGCAGCCGCUCCGGGUCAGUUAUAACCGUGGCAGCGCGUCCCAGCACUGCUUGGUGGCUGCACGUACAGCUUCGUGCCGUUCGACUGGCACGCAGUUUUCGCUUCCCGUCGCACAGACGGGCGCUGAACUACGGUUGCGUGCUUCGUCCCCGCCUCAAUGCUGCUCUGUACGCCUCGCGCGCCGCGCUCCUCGCACAUGCAACAUCGGGUACCAAAGCGCUCGGUGCCUAACGGUCCUCGGCGUUUUCGUUGAAAAAGGGUGAGAUUGUUGAGUUUAAAUCGGACUGAGUUGGUGA